GGCGCUGCGCGCGAGACUCCACUCGGCGGCGGCGGCGGUGGCCCUGGUGGAUGGCUCUGCGGUAGUGGUGGUCGUGGCGGCGGCGGCACUAUUCCCCGCGCGGUCCGCGCAGCGGGAUCCGGGCUGCGCGUCUCAGUCGGCGGAGGCGAAGGAACAGCGCCCCCGCCCCAAGCCCGACCCCAGGUCCUCUCUCCGGCCGCCCCCCGCCCCCGGGCCGCCCCCCGGGCCCUGCGUCCCCUCCCCCGCUGGCGGGGCCCGGACAGAAGAUGGUGCAGAAGAAAACAGCCGAACUUCAGGGCUUCCAUCGUUCGUUCAAGGGGCAGAAUCCUUUCGAGCUGGCCUUCUCCCUAGAACAGGCCCACCCCGGAGAGACUGACUUCAGCCUGGAGUGCCCAGCCCGCCCUGAUAUGCCCACGAGCCAGCCCAUUGACAUCCCAGACGCGAAGAAGAGGGGCAAGAAGAAGAAGCGGUGUCGGGCAACUGACAGCUUCUCAGGCAGGUUCGAAGAUGUCUACCAGCUACAGGAGGAUGUGCUUGGGGAGGGCGCCCAUGCCCGUGUGCAGACCUGCAUCAAUCUCAUCACCAACCAGGAGUAUGCAGUCAAGAUCAUUGAGAAGCAGCCGGGCCACAUUCGGAGUAGGGUUUUCCGGGAGGUGGAGAUGCUGUAUCAGUGCCAGGGACACAGGAAUGUUCUAGAGCUGAUUGAAUUCUUCGAGGAGGAAGACCGAUUCUACCUGGUGUUUGAGAAGAUGCGGGGCGGCUCCAUCCUAAGCCACAUUCACAAGCGACGACACUUUAAUGAGUUGGAGGCCAGCGUGGUGGUGCAGGACGUGGCCAGCGCCCUGGAUUUCCUGCACAACAAAGGCAUCGCCCACAGGGACCUAAAGUUGGAAAACAUCCUCUGUGAGCACCCCAACCAGGUCUCCCCCGUUAAGAUCUGCGACUUUGACCUGGGCAGUGGCAUCAAACUCAAUGGGGACUGCUCCCCCAUCUCCACCCCGGAGCUGCUAACCCCAUGCGGCUCUGCAGAGUAUAUGGCCCCUGAGGUGGUGGAGGCCUUCAGCGAGGAGGCCAGCAUCUAUGACAAGCGCUGCGACCUCUGGAGCCUGGGUGUCAUCCUCUACAUCCUGCUCAGUGGCUACCCACCAUUUGUGGGCCACUGCGGCAGCGAUUGCGGCUGGGACCGCGGUGAGGCUUGCCCGGCCUGCCAGAACAUGCUAUUCGAGAGCAUCCAAGAGGGCAAGUAUGAGUUUCCUGAGAAGGACUGGGCCCACAUCUCCUUUGCUGCCAAAGACCUCAUCUCAAAGCUGCUGGUUCGAGACGCCAAGCAGAGGCUAAGCGCUGCGCAGGUCCUGCAGCACCCCUGGGUGCAGGGGUGCGCCCCAGAGAACACCUUGCCCACGCCCAUGGUUCUGCAGAGGAACAGCUGUGCCAAAGACCUCACGUCCUUCGCCGCCGAGGCCAUCGCCAUGAACCGGCAGCUGGCCCAGCGUGAGGAGGGUGCGCUGGAGGAGGUGGGACCGGGCCAGCCCGUGGUCAUCCGAGCUACCUCACGCUGCUUGCAUCUGUCCCCACCAUCCCAAUCCAAGUUGGCCCAGCGGCGGCAGCGAGCCAGCCUCUCUGCGGCCCCCGUGGUCCUGGUGGGGGACCACGCAUGACCCCUCCAUUCUCUGUACAUAGGUCACCCCUCCCCCAUCAGAUCUCAAGAUUUUUUUUAAGCUAUUGCCAGCCAGUGACCAGCAGGCUGUGCUACACCCCCACCCCCACCCCCCUUGGGUUCUGAGGUGCUGUGCUCAGCUCAGCUGGGGGGUAUCUUUUUAUAUAAAGUUUUUGCUGUUGGGUU